AUGGAGACAACAACGAUAGCGGGCGCUUCACAAACCGUCCGAAACGCCUCAUCACUAAAACGCAAUGACACCAUGAUCUUCCAUACACUUCAUCUUGUCAUGGAGAUUUCCUUUUCGUUUGCAGCCGUUUUGUGCAGCUUGUUCAUUAUCUACCUUGCUGUAUUUAGGACAAAGAGCAAGGCUGUCAAAGUGUACUCCCACAUGUUAAUAAUGAACGCCGCAGUCGAUUUGAGUUACAGUUUGUGCAAUUUGGUCGCAAUGCCGGUAAGUGGCGUCUGUUUUUAACCGGUCGCAUUGGCGUCUCCGGGCCGAACUAUAAUAAAAAGAAUAUCAGAAAAAUAAUGUGGAUUUGUCCAAAAAUUUCGCAAAAUUUCCCAUUAUCGCUUUGCAACGGCUAGCUGAACUGAUGCGCGACUAUGAUGAGACAUUUCUUUAUGGCAGAUCCACAUCAUUUUCCGGAAAGACUGAUAUUUUGGCUCACUUACCAUAAGGCGAAUUAAAAUUUCAAUGUGAUUUUCAGAUCUUCUUCAUAUGGGACGGAUUCUUCAUUCUUUCCGCUGGCAAUCCACUCCUGAAAGAAUACUCUUGGUCGGCCAACAUUGUCACCAGUCUACAAGGCUUCCUUAUCUACGUAUCAGUUGCCAUCUUGCCCAUUCAAUUCUUGUACCGCCUCAGUGUCAUCCAAAACAAGCCUUAUAACAGCACGAAACUGGCCAGCAUUUUUCUCAUCGGAUGCUUGUACCCGUUCGGGCAUGGCGUCCUCUGUUUCUUCACUUUCAAAGAGCCAACCGAACUGUACGACUCGGUUUUCGAGCUGGAUCCCGUCAUUUCGUCGCUCGAUUACAUACCGCCAUAUCGAGUUGGCGACUGCGUCAACUCGAAGCUCAUGGCGGUGCACAUGGCCAAUUGCAUAGUGAUCACGGUCUUGAGUUACCUCGUGAUUGUGGUGGUGUACGCCAGGACCAAAGUGGAGUUUGUGCGGAUGGAGGAUAAAAUGUCCGAUCAGACGAAGAAGGUCCAAAAGCAAAUGGAGAGGGUUAUUUUUAUACAGGUACGUAGAAUGGGCUCUUGUUUUUGUCCAUCCAAGAACAAAAAUCGGGUGAAAGACAGCAGGAAGUCUACACGAUUCGGCUGUAAAAUCAUAACUGUUCUUGCUAAAUUACCUUUUCUAUUUUCAGGCCGUCUUCCCCGUCUUUGUCAACUUCAUCCCUAGCACGGCUCUCCCAAUCGCAUCCCUCCUAAAUAUCAACUACACGUUUACGGGAGAAUUUGUCGCAAUAAUGCAUACAACCCCGCUGUUCAACUCAUUCUCGGUUGUGCUGUGCGUGCCCAGCUAUCGACGAAUAUUCUUUGGCUUCUUCUACAGAAACACAAACACUGUCCGCGAUUCCUCAAACAACCCCCACACAACGCACACCGACUCAGAAGCACUGGAGUUCGCUUGA